AUGGGGCAACCAGGCGGCCUCAUCAACCGCAGCGUUCUGGGAGGACGGCGGCUCCAGGCGAUCAGAAUAGCCUCGUCCAAGGUCGUGGUGAGCUGCGAUUCGCCUUCGAAGGCUAAUGUGAAAUCGUGCAACGUGAGAUUCUUGCUUGAAGAGGAACACGAUCAACGGAAACAACAGAAGAAAAUGUCGUCGCCAACCUCGAAAAAGCAAAAAAUCAAGGAGCUGAAACAAGUCGUCCCGCUUCAAGUUCCAAAGGAUACGGCAGAGCCCCCGGCUCAGGAAGUUUUCGAAAACGGCGUUCGUCUUCUGAGGAGAGUUUCGAACGACGAAAAGGCGACGGUCUACCUCCACAAGAUGGAAUACCAAGACUUGGGUUGUGACACGGAUCCCGUAGAGGGCUUCGUCGAGUGCGACGUAUCGAAAUUGACCGAAGGCGAGAGCUUAUACGUUGCUUUACUCGGACGCUUCCGAUACGGCCGCGAAGAAGAUGAAGUUCUCGGAAUGUCCCUCUGCAGAGAGAUGUACAUGGGACACAAACUAGUUUAUUCGAAAGGAAAACCUCUACCACCGAGUGAAGACCAGCCAGGACCCUCGACAAGUGGCGAUGACAAUCGCGCUCAGGAGGCAUUGAUCGCGAGAGUGUCAUUUUCUUUCGAGCUCCCUGAAGACGCCCCGGUCUCGGCAGUCAUGCAACGCUUGACUCCCGACGCUGGAGACACCUGUGGUGUGCGCUACUACGUGAGAUGUUACUCAUCGAUAGACCUUCCUGACGAACACACGACGACCAGCGUCCUCAACUUCCCUAUUCGAAAGGUGCAAUUCGGCCCACCGCCUGACCCGCUCCCAGCGCCGCCGAAGGGCUCAAUCUUCAAAGAGUUUCCUCUGAACGGCGGUCGGUUGGCGCUCGAAGCCACUCUCAACAAAUCGAUUUACGAGCACGGUGAAGAAAUCCGGGUGAAAAUCAGUCUGAUCAACUCCUCGCACAAAAGCGUGAAACACGUGAAAGUCACCGUGCAGCAAUCCGCCCAAGUAAAUUUGUUCUCGACCGGGAAGUGGAAAGUCUGCGUCGCAUCAACGAAUAACAGGACCGACUGUCAUGUGGGCUCAGGACACUGUGCGGAGCAGGAGGUGGUCUUAAUUCCGACGGCAGGCGACAAUAAAAACAAGUACGGAGUUUUUGUGCAGGGCAGCGAGUUUGAAGAUGAGCCCUGCUUGGCUUCCACCACCGUGCUCUCGGAGGAAGCGCGGCAGGAUUACUUUGGCAUCAUAAUUGACUACGAGGUCAAAGUUAAGCUGUGUUUAGCCGCCCUCAGCUCUCUCUCAGGGUUCAGAACAUGGAUGUGCAAUGGGGUCAAGGGUCUCGUGGACGACAAGGGAUCGCCAGUGUCCAGUCCCACCAAAGCUCCAUCGACACCAGCUGAAAGGCGAGGCGAAAUCGCUUGUUUGAUCCCUUUCCAAAUCUUCCAAAGAGGUCCGACGGUGUCUGUGCCCAAAGCCCCAAGCGCUCUCGAAACCCGAGUGGAAGAGAUCGCCCUCGAAGAAUAAAUUCCAAGGCCGUCUCGACAUUUAAAAAGAGCUCAUCUCGAUUGAUCUCCAAUCGUCCGCCUGUCGAGGUAAACGUCGCCUGAGAUAACUUUCAAUCUUCUGAGGUACCCAUCAUCACGUGACACUCAUCAUUCCGUGGUGCGCGUCAUCACCCGAGUACUCUGCCUCGUUCACGAAUCGACGAGAACCGUCUCUUUCGCGCGACUCUCAUCAUGCCGUGGCUCUGCCAAUGAUGAAGACGGAUUACCCAGUGCGACGCAGUCGAACUAAACCUACCAGGCACCGUCGGCGCUGCACGUUCAGGACCGAAGCCGUACUCGAAACGGAGCUGAUGAGCUGUAGCUUUCUCGGACCCGCCGAUGGCUCUUCCUCUUAUCAGAAUCAAGAGUGAGAUCCGAGAGUCGCGUCAUUACAAUGAGCUACAACGUACGGCUCCCGUGAAAGUUCUCGGGAGAGGAUCUCUUCUAGUCUGAAGACCGGAAAGAGGAGACAUGGAACAUAUGAACUUGAAACCACAACUUGUAGAAGCGUGGGAACCGAUCAAGAGAUAGAUGCAGCUUCGAGAAAGCGUCGGCGAAGAUGUUAUUAGAAUCGUCGUGAGGUAUUUUCAAAGCUUUUCUUCCCCGAAAUGUCGAAUCAUUGUCUGAAAGCCCCCGAGUUGAUUAUCCUGAUCGAUGAAGAAAUAAAAUAUUUAUCU